AGUAUGCAAUAACCAAACGAAAAAAAUGUCACAUUUUACAAUGUAGAACAAAUGUAGAAGUCUCUAUAUACACACGAGUGUCAAAUUUGAAUGGCGGUUGAUACAAAGUUUGAGUGUGUUAUGUCCAUGGACCUAGUCUAGGUCGUAUUCCUUUCGUUUUAGUUCAAAAUGUGAAACGUAACGCAAAUGUGGAUUCAAUAAAUUGUAUACCCCCUUUGAUUCCGUCAAAGGUCCAGAAUUGAAAGGAGAGACUUCUUCGCAAUGGCGGCCCAGGGUGUCCAUUCGUGCCAAUUCGAGGUAUUCGGCAGGGUGCACGGCGUCAACUUCCGGCGGCACACCCUGCGAAAGGCCAGAAUCCUGGGUCUCCGCGGCUGGUGCAUGAACUCCGGCAGGGGCACCGUGAAGGGCUACAUCGAGGGUCGUCCCGCCGAGAUGGAUGUGAUGAAGGAGUGGCUGAGGACGACAGGCAGUCCGCUCUCUAGCAUCGAGAAGGUGCAGUUCAGUGCUCAGCGGGAACGCGAUCGAUAUGGCUAUGCCAACUUUCACAUCAAGCCCGAUCCGCACGAGAAGCGCCCAGUUCAUGAAGGUUUGGCCAGUAGUUCCAGCCACAACGGUAGCUAAUAGCGGGUUUUUGACGGAACAAUAAAAUUGCAGGUAAAAAAUUGGAA